AUGCUGAGGAAGUCCACCACAGCUCCAGUGCGCAUUCAGCUGGCGCACAGGCACCCACCUCCACCGCCUCCAGCAGUCCCAGCACUAGCUCUAGCCACAGCUCUAGUUCCAGCACUAGCUCCAGCUCUUCUACCUUCACUAGUGGCAGCUCCUGCACCCGCUCUUGCACCAGUUUCAACCACCGCCCUAGUGCCAGUUCUCACCUUAGCUCCAGCUGGCAGCAGCAGCUCCAGUUCAGAGGCAGCCAGUGGCUACACCCUCCUGAUGGACUCCAAGAGUCUCUCAGAGGAGCCAGCAGACAAGCAGGAGACCGGCUAUGACUCCACCAACCGCAGGAGCUGCUCCGAGCAUUAG